CUCGACGCCAUCAUUUUUACGAACGAGCCAGCAGCAAAAUGGGCAUGCGGAGGCUGAUCGUGGGCCUCGUCGUCGUUCUCGCGCUUGCUCUCGCCGCCGACUUGCCGAGCUGCCAGAGCGACCAGUUCUAUGGCAACUACUUUGCGUCGAUCCAGUCCCACCCGUCGCUGCUGCCGUGCAUGCGCGCCGCCAACAUGACCGACCGCGUCUUCCUCCAGAUGACGCUCUUGGCACCGACGCACGCCCAAGUCGCCGCUUUCUUUGCGAGCGCCGACUGCGAAUCAGUCUUCAACGAGGUCACGCGCGUGUACCGUGAGGUUUUUCCAGCGUCCUGCGCGUUCAACGCCGAUGGGUUGGACAUCAAGGCGCUGGGCGCGCUGACAUUUGAACAGCUCAAGCUCGCGAUGCUCAACGCCACGAUCGCCGUCUAAAAACGAUUCCUCGUUGAACCAUAGUGAUGCUACCUAAUUGUUUGUGUAUAUACGACUAAACUAUCUUGACAGCGUGUAAAAUGACGCCUCCCGCGCCCCUUAUAUAU